AUUGAGGUUAAGGGGGUCCCCCCAGCAGUCUGCGCAGGGCCAAUUCAGAAUCAGGGGCUCCCAGGGCCACUUCACCCUGCAGGGGAUCGCCUGGAGGGUGCUUGUGAGGGCAGAUGAGUGGAGAAUGGGUGGCGGGAGUCAAGUGCUGGCCAGCAGAGGUCACGCAUCGAGGGAAGGAUCAACAUGGCCGGCACAGCCCGGACAGUACUGAUCUCAGGCUGCUCCUCGGGCAUUGGCCUGCAGCUGGCAGCGCAGCUGGCUCGUGACCCCAGGCAGCGUUACCAAGUGGUGGCCACCAUGUGGGACCUGGAAAAGAAGGGGACACUAGAGGCAGCUGCUGGGGAGACUCUGGGUCAGACCCUCACAGUGGCCCAGCUGGACGUGUGCAGUGACGAGUCAGUGGCCCGGUGUCUCCGCUGCAUCCCGGGAGGGGAAGUGGAUGUGCUGGUGAAUAAUGCUGGAGUGGGCCUGGUGGGGCCUGUGGAGGGGCUCAGCCUACCUGCUAUGCAGAACAUCUUUGAUACCAACUUUUUCGGGGCUGUCCGUCUGGUCAAAGCAGUGCUUCCUGGCAUGAAGAGAAGGCGGCAGGGCCACAUUGUGGUGGUCAGCAGUGUCAUGGGGCUUCAGGGUGUUGUGUUCAACGAAGUCUACGCAGCCUCCAAGUUUGCCCUGGAGGGAUUCUUCGAGAGUCUGGCUGUCCAGCUGCUCCAGUUCAACAUCUUCAUCACUCUGGUGGAACCUGGCCCGGUGGCCACUGGCUUUGAGGGGAAACUCCUGGAGCAGGUCGCCACAGCCGAAUUCCCGGGCACUGACCCGGACACCCUGCACUACUUCCGGGAUUUCUACCUCCCAGCCUCCAGUGAGCUCUUCCGCUCUGUGGGACAGAGCCCACAGGACGUGGCCCAGACAAAUGUUCGCUAUACUCCGCUGACUGCCCUCAAAGCCAUGAACCCCUCGGGCAGCCUGUACGUGAGAAUCACCCACCGCCUGCUCUUCCGCUGGCCUCGUCUUCUCCACCUUGGACUUCGAUGCCUGGCCUUCGGGCGGGUAUGGCCCCGGUGAGCAGAGCCUCACCCAACCCUCCCCUGGACAGCCAGGCCUCUUCAGUCCACAGCCAUCUCGGAGGCCAGUGCAGACUCUCCAUGCAUUCAUUCAUGCAAUAAACUCUGCUGACCUGCUCUGUGCCUGGGCUUUUCUGGGAUCCACGAGAGACCUCAGAUCCCUCUGUAGUCAGGGCUGGGGCAGAAAAAGGGACCCUGGGACCCUGGGUUGAGAAGCCCAAAGCAGGGAGCUGGAGCUGUGUCUGGGAAGGCAGGGGAGGCUUUCUGGAGAAGGGGACAUUGUCCAUGGCUUUGAAAGAUGAGACAGAUGGCUUCAUUCAACCUCUGGAUUCAUUGUCUUUGGGCCUGGAAAUACAAAGGAUGAUCCAAAAACCUAUCCAUAUAGAACUGGGCUCACUAAGUUACCUCCAGACUUCACUGGUCACACACUCCAUCAGCAAAAUGUGUUUGGGCACACGUCAGAGAUGAAUGUACUUUUUUUUUUUGGUAUCAU